GAAAAUGUGAUAGUGAUAAACCCUUGUUUCAAAAUCCCACAUUUCCUCUUCGAUUUCCCUCUCCGAACCUACCCAAACCCUCACUUUCUUUUUCUCUCUUCCAUUUUCUGAUCCGUUUUAUUUAAUUUCCUUCAUUUCUAGACAAAUUAUCUUCGAAAUACAAAACCCUAAUCUCUCACCAAUUCUCACACUCAAUUCAAUCCAUGGAGUGGAACCCUCAGACUCUCCAAUUCCUCUCCGAAUGCUUCCUCCACACUCUCUCUCCGGCACCUGAGCCUCGCCGCCGCGCCGAAUCCUCUUUAUCCGAAGCUUCCGACCGUCCCAACUUCGGCCUCGCCGUUCUCCGCCUUGUCGCUGAACCAUCCAUCGAUGAACAGAUCCGUCAAGCCGCCGCCGUCAACUUCAAAAACCACCUCCGUCUCCGAUGGUCUUCCGAAGACAAUCCGAUCCUCGAACCCGAGAAGGAACAGAUCAAAACCCUAAUCGUACCUCUCAUGCUCUCCACAACUGCCAAAAUCCAAUCUCAGCUUAGCGAAGCCCUAGCUAUUAUCGGUAACCACGAUUUCCCCAAAUCAUGGCCUUCACUCCUCCCUGAACUUGUCUCUAAUCUUCAGAAAUCAUCUCAGGCUUCCGAUUACGCUUCAAUUAACGGUAUUCUCGGUACUGCUAAUUCAAUUUUUAAGAAAUUUCGUUUUCAGUUCAAAACCAAUGAUCUCUUGCUUGAUUUGAAGUAUUGUCUUGAUAAUUUUACUGCUCCUUUGCUUGAAAUUUUCCUCAAGACUGCUUCAUUGAUUGACACGGCUGCCGCUGCGGUACCACCGCCGCCUGCUGCUAACCUGCGACCGCUUUUUGAGUCGCAGAAAUUAUGCUGUAGGAUAUUUUAUUCGCUGAAUUUUCAAGAGCUUCCUGAGUUCUUUGAGGAUCAUAUGAGGGAAUGGAUGACUGAGUUCAGAAAGUAUCUUACUACUAGUUAUCCUUCUCUUGAGGGUAGUGGACCUGAUGGUCUUGCUCUUGUGGAUGAACUUAGGGCUGAAGUUUGUGAGAAUAUUAAUCUUUAUAUGGAAAAGAAUGAGGAGGAGUUUCAGGGUUUCUUGAAUGAUUUUGCACUUGCUGUGUGGACUUUGUUGGGGAAUGUGUCGCAGUCGACUAGUCGUGAUCAACUUGCUAUCACGGCUAUCAAGUUUUUGACCACAGUUAGCACCAGUGUUCACCAUGCUUUAUUUGCUGGUGAUGGAAUUAUACCACAGAUUUGCCAGGGUAUCGUGAUCCCAAAUGUGAGGUUGAGGGAAGACGAUGAAGAGCUGUUUGAGAUGAAUCAUAUUGAGUAUAUUAGGCGGGAUAUGGAAGGUAGUGAUCUUGAUACGCGGAGGAGGAUUGCUUGUGAGCUGCUUAAGGGAAUUGCCACACAUUAUGGAGAUGCUGUAAGAAGCAUUGUUUCUGCGCAAAUACAGAGUUUGUUAAGUUCUUUUGCUGCAAACCCAACAGCUAAUUGGAAGGACAAGGAUUGUGCUAUAUACUUGGUAGUUUCUCUUUCAACAAAGAAGGCCGGAACUAGUUAUGUCUCCACAGAUCUUGUCGAUGUUCAAAGCUUUUUUGAAUCUGUUAUUGUCCCUGAGCUGCAAAGUUCGGAUGUGAAUGGGUAUCCAAUGCUUAAGGCAGGUGCACUCAAAUUCUUUACUAUGUUCCGGUCUCAAAUAUCGAAACAUGUAGCAUUGAAGUUUUUACCAGAUUUGGUUCGUUUCCUUGCGGCGGAGUCCAAUGUUGUUCAUUCUUAUGCUGCAAGCUGUAUUGAGAAGCUCUUAUUGGUAAAGGAUGAGGGAGGUGCUCCACGUUAUAGUUCGGCAGAUAUCAAUCCAAUUUUCGCAAUGCUGAUGAACAAUCUUUUUAGUGCCUUGAAGCUCCCAGAGUCUGAAGAGAAUCAGUAUGUAAUGAAAUGUAUUAUGAGAGUUCUUGGAGUUGCAGAUAUAUCACUUGAUGUUGCUCGGAUUUGCAUUGAGGGGUUGGGAUCACUUCUUUCUGAAGUUUGCAAAAAUCCAAAAAAUCCCAUCUUCAAUCAUUAUCUCUUUGAGUCAGUAGCCAUUCUUGUGAAGCGGGCUUGUGAGAGGGACCCAUCUCUUGUGUCUGUUUUUGAAUCAAGCCUUUUUCCUAGGCUUGAAAUAAUAUUGACCAAUGAUGUAGCUGAGUUUUUCCCGUAUACAUUUCAGUUGCUUGCUCUUCUUGUUGAGUUAAACAGACCACCCAUCCCACCAAUCUACAUGCAGAUAUUUGAGAUUCUUUUGUCGCCUGAUUCUUGGAAGAAAGCCUCAAAUGUUCCUGCCCUUGUGCGUCUACUCCAGGCCUUCCUUCAAAAGGCACCAAAUGAGAUCAGCCAAGGGGAUAGACUGACCAAAGUACUUGGCAUAUUCGACACAUUAAUCCAAUCUUCAAGCACUUCUGAACAAGGAUUUUAUGUGCUUAACACUGUCAUCGAAAGUCUUGAGUAUGAUGUUAUUAAGCCUUAUAUUUCUCAUAUUUGGGCUGCUAUUUUUAGAGAGCUCCAGAAAAGGAGGACAGUAAAGCUCCUCAAGUCACUUUUGAUAUUUAUUUCACUCUUUCUGAUUAAACAUGGUUCUUCAAGUGUCAUAGAGACUAUGAACACUGUCCAGCCAGAUAUAUUUAGUGCUAUUUUAACCCAGUUCUGGAUUCCUAAUCUUAAGUUGAUUACUGGAGAUAUAGAGCUCAAAUUGGCUUCAGUUGCUUCAACCAGACUCAUUUGUGAGUCUCCACUCCUUUUGGAUCCUGCAGCUUCUGUGUCCUGGGGUAAAAUGGUGGACAGUAUUGUGACACUUCUUUCCCGAGCAGAACAAGAUAGAGUUGAGGACGAAGCUGACAUGCCAGAUAUUACAGAAAAUGUGGGUUAUGCUGCCACCUAUGUCCGGCUUUACAAUGCUGGAAAGAAAGAAGAAGAUCCACUUAAAGAUAUAAGAGAUCCCCGGGAAUUUUUUGUUGCUUCAUUGUCCCGACUUUGUACACAUUCUCCUGGGAGGUACCCGCAGGUCAUCACUGAAAAUGUUGAUCCCGUGAAUCAGGCAGCAUUGCUUCAACUUUGCAACACUUACAACCUCACAUUAGUUUGAGAUCUUGUGCUGGAAUCCAAUUGGGCGUUGCUGUCUGCAACCUCAGCCUUUUGCAACAUUUGAGUGGUCUAUUAUUCUCAGCCUAAUACCAAUUAUACUUCUUGCAUUGCAACAAAGGAGAUUUAAACGACCAUUAUCAUCAUCAUCCAAUUUUUGCCGGUGCCAUGAUUUUAUGCGGUGAUGAACUGAGAUUUUCUGUUAUUCCCAUUUUGAAUUCUGUAGGCAUGUGUUUGAAGUGCCAUUUGGUCUGUUGGGAUUUUAGUGUGAAUCUUUUUCAUGCUCCCCUUUCCUCAAUUUCCUGCAGUUUCGCUUGUUGAACAUGCAUGCCUAUGAGCAAAUGGUAGUGAAUAUCUUCAGUCAAUUUUGUGUAAACUUGCAUAUUGAAGUAAAUGGCAAGUGUUGUUGAUAGCGAUUCCAUAUUUUAUUUUAAGACUAUUAUUAUUAGUAGGGUUAAAUGUUUUUGGCCUUCUUGAAAA